UGUUGCGCUAACAGCAGUAAAAUCCGUCUUGCAGCGCGGAGAGAGAGAGAGAGAGGUUCAGCUGUGACUCAUGGAGCUGUGUGUUUAAGCAGCGCAGACCCGGAGAGAGAGAGAGAGGCAGAGGGUGCACACAGUGGCGGGGUGAAAGGGAACUUGUGCUCUCCGGCGGAGGGAUGGAGUGCUGCAGUGUGAUGGGUUUAUUCCGUGUCUGAGAGAAAGUUGGGAGAUUUUACUGUCAGUGUGUGUGUGAUGGAUUAAACUCUGGGUCCUGUGUGAGCAGAUAUAGGGGAGUGUGUGUGUGUGUGUGUGUGUGUGUGUGUGUGUAGUGUAGUGUAAACAUGGUGGAGGCGCGCGGCGGGGGUUGAUGUUGUGGUGUUGAGUCGGUGAAGGGGAAUGAACCCGAGCCCGAAACGGCGGAGCAGCGGGACACUGACGGCUCUCAUUCGGGUUUCUCAGCACACACUGGUGGCCGGGAGCGGCGCGCUGUGCUUCAGGACGCCUUGCACGACGACGGCGCUGAUUGUUGUUGUUGUUUAUUUCUGAGCUGAAGCCACUUUUCUGAUCAUGUGGAGUCUCGCCUCGGUGGCGCUGCAGCUUGUGUUUAAGUGGGUGAAGCUGGCUGCGGGGAGAGGGCACCUCCAGCUGAACCGGUGGCUGCAGCGGCCGCCCGACUCGGCGGACUGUGAGAAGCUGGAGCUGCUGAUGUGCCGGGCGGACAUGGAGCCGGCGGGCGGUGGGGAGUCCGCGGCGGUGGCGGACUUGAGGAAUCCGUGCUGCAUCGCGACCUGUUGCUUCAAGAGCGCGCUGCUGGCGUGUGUCCUGACCGCCGCCUGCUUCUUCUCGGUGACGCUGGUGCGCCGCUACCUGAAGGACGCGCUGCUGUGGCUGGAGAGCCUGGACGGCCUGAUGGGCGCCAUGCUGUUCAUCGUCUGCCUCAUCACCGUGUCGUUCCCCUGCGGCUGGGGCUACAUGCUGCUCAACGUGGCCGCGGGUUACCUGUACGGCUUCGUGCCCGGGGUGGGCCUGGUGAUGGUGGGCGUGCUGAUCGGGACCUCGGUGGCCCAUGUGGCGUGCAGGAGGCUGCUGUCCGGCUGGGUGCUGAGCCGCGUGGGCAACAACGAGCAGCUCGGUGCCGUCAUCCGGGUGGUGGAGGGAGGCAGCGGGCUCAAGGUGGUGGCGCUAGCCCGGCUCACCCCCAUCCCUUUCGGCCUCCAGAACGCUGUGUUCUCGAUCACAGACGUGUCCUUGCCAGACUACCUGGUGGCUUCGUCAGUGGGCCUGCUGCCUACCCAGCUCCUCAACUCCUACCUGGGCACCACGCUGCGCACCAUAGAGGACGUUAUAGCUGAGCAGAGCAUCAGCGGAUACUUCGUGUUCAGUCUCCAAAUCUUUAUCAGCAUAGGGCUGAUGUUUUACGUCGUACACCGAGCGCAGGUGGAGCUGAACGCCGCCAUCGCCGCAUGUCAAAUGGAGAUGAAAACGUCGCACAUGAACGGCAGCAUGUCAAACCACGGCAGCUCCACGUACUGCAGCAAGCGGACGGCGGCGUGCGGAGGGAUUAACAUCGUCUGACACUUAACAGUGACCUUUAUUCUGGUUCGAAGUGUAUUUACACACCCUUUUUCCAGGCUAAUGAUUACGAAUAUGGCGUCUGACGUCAGAGAAAUGUCCGUUCAGGGUCAGCGAAGACGUUUGCAUCGGGUUGGGAAUUCGCUCCGAAGUGCGACAGGAGGCCAGUAUUUUGUACUGCAAGAUAAAGUUUGAAUAGAGCCUAAUAGUUUCUUUUGGGAGUUUUUGUUUUGAAAUGAUUAUUUUUUUAUAGAGUAUGGAUUUAAAUUAGGAUUUUUAUAUAUCUAGACUAGAGCAGGUGUCGAGCAUGUGAUAGAGAGAAAGAGGAAAAAAACACUACAGUAUUGUGCAGUACAGAGACAGCUACUGGUGUAAAUGCUAUAUAUUGUCAUAUGCUUUUAGUAAUACAUUUUACAUUUGGGUUUUUUGGUACUUUUCCAAGUCAUAUUGAUUAUUAUUAUUAUUAUUAUUAUGGAAGACGUACCACCUGGCUAGAAAAUGGUUGCUUUUGUGCCAAACUGGGAUCACAUUUGCAGUUCUUCACUUCUGCUAGGAACAGAUGGAAAGGAAGGCAAAUUUCCCAGCAGGGUAUUUGACGCUGUCCUGCCAAGAUCCGCCAAGUGCAGCAUGAUGAAACCAAACAGCGGGAUUUUAUCCGUGUUCAGUCUGUCAUAAUGUUGCUUGGACAGGAUGACAGGCCUUUUCUUUUCUUUUUUUUUUUAAAAAACCUUACUUAACCAAAUGUGUUCCAGGGCUGCUGUAACCCUGUUUUUAUCAACCUUGCCUUUUAAUUUGGAACCGAUUUCCAUUACAUUAUUUACCAUGUGCAAUACGUGUGUUAGGCUGUCGCUGUUAAUAUUUCAGGUAAAUGAUAAACAUCAAAAAAGGGAAGGGAUAUUCGUCUUCACGUAUUUUGCUUAUUUAUGUUGAAUGGUUUAUUAUUAUUAUUUGUUCAUGGGAUUAACUAUUAGAAAUGCUAAAUCCUUUGUUGGUGAGAUUGACACUUUAAACCCAACCCUGUGUUCACACUCGCAAGUGACAAAGCCGCAUGCAUCCAUUUGCAACACGAAGCCACGGUUUCAGUGACAUUAAGAUUUUCUCAAUUAUUUACAAUUACGGUACGAUGUGGUAAAGCAGUAAAUCCAAACAAUUGAAGGGAUCGAAUGAUUCCGAUGGCGUGCAGUCUGACGUUUCUUCAGUUUCCCAAUCACUAUUUUAGUUUGAGUGCCUAUUAACUGCAAAAAUUUGAUCUAUGGUUUCAUCGUAUCCUGUCAUGUAUAAGCUCUUGAUUUAAACGUGUGUAGAAAUAUUAUGAAGAAAAAUAAAGCUAGGGAGGCAGGGGAAGAGAUCAGUGUGUGUACUGUGCAAAAGUCUUAGGCACGUGUAAAGAAAUGCUGUCGGCCAAAAACGGCUUAAAAUAAUGAAAUUGUUUCAACAUUUAAAAAAAUACUGUAAGCAGUAAGCCAUAAUAAGUGAAAGUGUCAGUAUUUGGUAUGAGACGACGCUUUGCUUUAAAAAUAAAUAAAUAAAUAAAUAGUCUCCGGUCCAGUGAGUGCAGUUUUAUGUGGAAAUGAUCUGUAAGUUUUACUGAGCAUCUUCCAGAACCAGCCACGGUUCUUCUGGACACUUUGACUGUCACACUUGCUUCUUCAUUUUGCACCAAAACCCAGCAGCCUUCAUUAGGUUUUCUUUUUUAAUCUGAAAAGUGAUCCCUUAUGUAAUAUGCUGCUCAGAUACAAACUUUUUUUUUUUUUCUGUAACAUUUAAUUUUGUGCUGGAAAAAAUACAAACGUUUGGACUGUAAAAUGUUUUUGUAAUGUUUCGACUUGUUAAUGUAGAAGUCAUAAAAUAUAACACAGUUUGCAUGGGGGGGAAUAGGGGGCUGAAGACUUUUGCACAGUAGUGUGUGUGUGUGUGUGUGAUUAAUGUAUAGAGGAUAUUACACCGUUCAUAUCUUUGCGCCACUGUGUAAUGUUCCAUAUAUUAUAUGGACACACACACACACACACACAAAAAAGUAAGUGAAUCAAAAGAAUUUUAAUUUCGAGCUGCUUCGCCAUUUUGACAGCACGCGUCUCGUCAGCGGGAAAACACUGGGAGUGACUUCAAUAGAGUGAAAUAUCAGGAAAUAAACAUGAUGUGUUUUUGAAUAAAAAAUGCGAGUUUUUCAACAUAAGAGAAACUUCAUAUCUUGAAGCCAGUGUGUGAUUGAUUUUUUUUUUAUUUUUAUUAUACAGACACAUUCACAAACAAAAAGGGCCCAAAUUUAUCAGAACAAUAUAUUGAAUUAGGGGCGGCACGGUGGUGUAGUGGUUAGCGCUGUCGCCUCACAGCAAGAAGGUCCUGGGUUCGAGCCCCGUGGCCGGCGAGGGCCUUUCUGUGCGGAGUUUGCAUGUUCUCCCCGUGUCCGUGUGGGUUUCCUCCGGGUGCUCCGGUUUCCCCCACAGUCCAAAGACAUGCAGGUUAGGUUAACUGGUGACUCUAAAUUGAGCGUAGGUGUAAAUGUGAGUGUGAAUGGUUGUCUGUGUCUAUGUGUCAGCCCUGUGAUGACCUGGCGACUUGUCCAGGGUGUACCCCGCCUUUCGCCCGUAGUCAGCUGGGAUAGGCUCCAGCUCACCUGCGACCCUGUAGAACAGGAUAAAACGGCUAGAGAUAAUGAGAUGAAUGAAUAUAUCGAAUUCCUUAUGAGCGAGGAUAUUGGAAAAAUGUUACUCAAUAUCCCGGCUGUAGUUCAUGUGAAAAAUACAAGUGGCGUAUUUCUCAGUAAAACACUCGUGUCUACAUAAUAUACAGUAUUUUUAUAUAAAACUAGUCCAGUUUGCUCACUAAUCUUCUAGUAUGAAAUGAAGCCGUGUGUGGGCUGCUGUUUAGCAGCACGCUGGCUAGUACACACCCACAAACAACAGUAACGUGACUUCACACACACUCUGCAGACAAACCACCAGCGAUACGAGCGACUUGUCAUUUGCUAAUGUGAACGCAGGGUGAAUAUUUUGUUUAUGAAAUGUCUGCACAAGCCUUCCACAGUAUCCAGUCUGCUCUCCAGACCAGAAUGAAGGAUUGACUAACCUUAUCAAAACUGACGCCUGUUAUAAGUUGUGUAGCCAUGACAGAAGACUUGUAAACUGGGUUGGUUUUUUUUUUUCUUUUAAGAUACAACCGCCUCCAGAAUGUUCCCUGAAUUAAUCCGAGCUGUUUAAACUAGCCCUGGGUUUUAUCUUAAUGAGCUUAGUGCUCCGAGCCCGGUGUUUCUCCUUCCUCACAGAUCUCCUGGGUCAAUUAGUCCUCGGAGACUGUAUUCCCACAGCACAAACAACUCGGAGGCUGUUCUUUUCCUGUGGAAACACAUGAAACCGUGUGAGAUUAGGCACAGUCUCGGUGUUCAGGGAAAAGAUUUAUGUACAAGUGCUCUGAUUUGAUGACUUUUUUUUUUUUUUAAACCGUUUGCAGUCUUUAAAUGUCACUAAUUCCCAGCAUCAACACUUGCAUUACAGCGGGGUUUUUGUUGUUGUUGUUGUUGUUGUUAAGAUGGCAAUGCCUUUCUGUCUUCUGAUGACCUUGAAAGCCAUAUGACCAGCAGCAAGCCGCUAAUGAAUGACAAAGUUUUUGAAAAAUAAAUAUAACACAAGUAUGACGUAGCUUACCUUUAAAAUGUUUAUGCAGCGGAGAUGAAAGUUUAAGCGCCGUAUAUUUAUUUCUACAUGCACAGGGAUGGACAAAUCCUAAAUUCAUUAGCAGUCCACUGAUCAAGUCUAUAUUUUGGUUGCCCAGAAAUCUGACGAGGCUAACGUAAUGUAUACUAAUAACCCAUUUCCUGUUAAAGUGCAUAAAUAAACACAGCAAAACAAGCAAGUAUACGAUGUUUUCCUUUAUAUAGCAACAUAUAAAUGGAGCACAGAAAUGCUAGACGAAUUAACAGCUUUAAGAUGAUCUUAAAGGAUCCUAAAAGUUUAUGAAAUGCUAAAUUCCAGUGUAUUUACUUAAGUUAUACGAUAUGAAUUCUUAAAGAUAACAAAAUGCUGUGAAAAAGAACAUUUAAGAUGUCACUGUUAGUUACACGAUUUAACAUUUAAAUGUACAUUAAGUCACUACGACGUUUAAGAAUACAAAUAAAGGGUCUUAAAGUUACUAGUAUAUUUAACGAAUUUAAAAAGUUCAAUAAAGGUCCUGAAAUUUACUACUAAUCUUAAGGGCUGGUCGUAUCUUAAAGGUAACUUACAAACACGACUACAUUUUAAGGUUUAGAUUAAAUGCAACUAAAGUCACAUUUUCGCCUUGGUAAAUUCGCUGGUGAACGUCGGCUUCCGUCCUCACGUCACAAGUAAAAAUAUUGUCUGGCUAACAUCUGUGUUUUAUAUACAACAGAUUUGCUCUGGGCUCUAUGUAACAGCCACGUCGUUUUCGUUAGGAGACGAGAUGUAUGUAGUGCUGCAGGUAGUGGGAUUCUUAAUAAUUAGCUUGAUUAUAGUUACAGUAAUGAGGUGAGUAAUGUCACAAAAAGGUGUCAUGUUUGCAUAAACAUGGAUAUUAAAUAAACAUGUUUUGCAUAAUUCAUAAGGAAAUGGUUUGGGGGUUUUUUUCUUUUCUUUUCCUAGUUGAUCAACCUACCAUGCAACUAUGAAUAAAUGCAAAUAUUGCGGAGCCAAAAUUUGCUUGUCGCAGGUGCCUGGGUUACUGAUUUGUCCACCCCUGAAAACUUUUAGCUAUUUAAGAGUUAUUCCACGAAAUUGAGUUGUACAUGAGCUGAUAGCUGAAGAGGUGCGUAGCACCAAGUUCUCUAUAAGCCAUGUACAAUGAGAUUGAGUGGAAUAACUGUUUUAUUCUAUCCGCAUUCACUGGAUUUUGAGAAACGGAUCGUGUUUUGUUUUGCAAAUUCGAUAAAGAAAAGCUUUACACAAAACGUCUGACAAAAUAAUUUCUGCUUAGAAUGUAAACAAACGGACGAAAUGACCGGAGCAAUUUGUGAAAAAUGCAAUGAGGAUGAUAAUUCUUGAAAAAUAAAAAAAAAGAUACAUGUUCUUACCAUCGAAUAUUUUAUUCCUUUUUUUUGUGGUUUUGUUUUCGAGUAGUUUUUAUUUCGUUCUCAGUUGGUUCAGCAACAUGUUCCGCCAUUUUGUUUUUCUCUACUUAUGGUAUAUGAGCUGAUAUCCUAGUAGUAGAGUAGCCAAUCGGAGCACGCGAUUGCUCAUAUCCAGUGAAUGUGCAUAGAAUAAUAUCUGAUGGAUAACUGUUAGUUUAUUACAAUGUGAGAUUUUUUUUUUUCUCUGAGCUUUUGUGUUUGCUUAAUGUUGUGGACUCUCCUUCUGACCUGACAAGACAAUCGACAGGUGUGUGAACGUUUAGUCAUUUUGAAAUCCAUGCAUUACUUGUCCAUUUAUUUUUACAUCCUAAUUCUAACAUUGUUGCUGCUGCUUAGACCGCAGGGUCUGAGUGAAAUGCUGAUAAGGGCUCGAAUAUAAAUAUAUAUAUAUACACGUAUGUACAUGUCAAAUUCUACACUUAUCUUUACAGACUCAUAUAAAUACAAAUGGCUAACAUAAAUGGGCCUGCGAAGUUUUAUAACAGUUUGUUACAUCAGUUUUCACACUUGCAUGCUCUGUGAAAUGGCACACACAAACGGACAUUCCUUGCUGAUGUUUCUGUCCAGAUCAGUUUGAAGUAGGAACGUCCCCUGAGUUUGUUAACCUUAGCAAUAACUGGAAGCAGAAAUGUCCUUGAGUUAGGUAGAGAAAUGCAACAUUCCUGGUCUUGUGUUAUGAUGUCAGCCUGCCUUGUACCUCUUGCUGCCUAUGACGGGACAUGACACGAGCCUGUGGCAUGAUCAUAAACCACGUUCAUGGAAAUAAAUAUUUAAAAAAAAAAAAAAGGUACAAGAUUUCGAAUGCACAAAAAAAGGAAAUUACAAACUACUUAAAUAAAUGGGUUUUACACAUAGUAUUUUUUGUUGUUGUUGUUUAGUCGAUAUUUCCAAUAUGAUUAUGCAACAGAGGAGCUAUAAAUCUGACAUGGGGAUGAAAUGACCUGGUUCUUGGCGAGGCUUUAUCUGAGAUUGCAAACAUGACUACAGCACAUCAGAAACCCAGUGCACAUGUGAUUUCAGAUAAACACAAAUCAGGGACCGUUACGAAGAAACCUCUGCCCCUAUAAAUCAAGUGCAUUUAUCAAUUCCGCUGUAUUUUGUAAUACAGAUUCCUACAGUGUGUAAACAGAUAUUUAUCGCUGUAUCACGCUUGUUCUGUGUUUAUUUAUGAAAUAAAAAGGUCUGAUUUAAAAAAUUGA